AGUCAAAACAUUGUAUAGAAGUGACGUUUACAAAUUUUGUUGGUGUCUUUAUUUUUGCGAAUAAUUUGCCACGCAUAAUGGGAGAUGCACAAAAUGCGGAUAUAGAAACAGGCCAAACAAGUCCUGGGGAAGAAGCCCAACCGGAAGUGGACCGGCGCCUAUUUGGCGGGCUAGAAUUCCAAGUAUCCGAAGUUGUGGGACGAUUAGAAGCUGUAGUCAAUGCCCAAGAUUCCCAAGAUGCAGUGGACGAAGAGAAAAAACCGGAACUGCGGAAAGUCAGCGGUAGUGUGUUUGAACCGGAAGAAAUGGCUAUGGACGAGAUAUUAAAGGUUUUAGAAGAUCUGGUGCUGAAGACAGACCCUAGUUGUGAAAAUACGGAUCCACCUUUACUACCGACAGAUUCUGUGACUCGUGCAGCCAUUCUAUCGCACAGUAUUUCAGCGUUGUUUGGAAGAUUGGAAAGAAGUCAUGCAGCCAGACUUGGUGCUCAUAUAGCGAGCGAAACGACUCUUUGGAUGUCACACAUGUUUAGGUUAUCAGACUACAGUGCCUAUUAUCACCAAGAGCAAUUAGAAGGUCUGGUUAGAGUCACAAGGAUGCUGCUCCACCACAGGUACCCACGGUAUUUGGAAGACGGAGCGUUAGCAUUUGCAAGCCGUCUACCAUGCAUCUACAGCUGUGUGGCCAGUCCGCUGGGCGUGGUGCAGCACUUGUGCAGGCAGCUGGGUCUGCCGCUGGCCUGUGUGCGGCCUGUUCCUGUGGAUGUUGCAGGUCGAGGCAUGGACACAGAAGCGCUAGACAAGCUGUGCGAAGAGGAUAUAACCAGUAAUCGAACCCCGCUACUCGUGCUCGGGGAGGUGGGAGGCCCACCGCUGGGAGCUGGGUCGUUAUUGGGCCCACUGGCUGAUGUGUGCAAGAAACGGAACAUGCAUUUACAUGUUAGGGGACACGCAUUGGCUUUGCCCGCUGCGCUUAAUAGAGAUCAGACAUACAACAUAGCAGAUUCUCUCACAUUAACACCCGGGUUGUGGUUUGGUGUUCCUGGAUUGCCCACUGUUACAUUUUAUAGAGCCCCAGAACCAAUAACAGCCAACGAUCACUCUAAAGGCGUGAAUGCGGCGGGCAGCCGCGAAGGUACGCUGUGCGUAGUGGCCGGGCUGUGCAGCGGAGCGGCCCGGCUCAGCGCGUUGCCGCUGUGGACGUGCGCGCGGGCCGCCGGCGCGACGCGGCUCGCCGCGCGGCUGGACGCGGCGUUCCGCUCCGCGCGCGCCGCGCGUGCGCUGCUGGCGAGCGCCGGCCUGCGACUGCUGAGUGAAAGACCGGGAGGAGAUGAACCACCAAACGUAGACAUAGUGGAAGCAAUAAGCCAAGCGUCAGCAUGUGUAGCCUUUCAAUUCGCGCCCCCCGGCGUGGAAAAGCCACCGCCGUAUUACGACAAACUGAAUUCCUGGCUCGGUCAAGUGUUACAACGGGAAGCUGAUAUGAUCCACAUAGAGGUGUGCGAGACGGAGGCAUACGGCGUAGUCCUCCGCUACUGCCCGCUAGAGGGCGCUUUACUCGAGGAGGACAAGCUGGAGGCGUGGGGCGGCGUGCUGGCGGCGCAGCUGCACGUGCUGCACGCCACCGUGGCGCUGCGCGAGCCCUUCCAGGCGCGCGUGGCUCAGCACCCCGCGCUGCGGCUCGUGCACGUGCCCGGGUGGGCCGGUCUCGGCGGUGUUCGCUACAUUCCACCGGGCUGGGAAGACGCACCAACAGAAGAAUUGAACUCGUUGAACAGAAAGCUGGUGCACACGCUGCGUGCGACGGACGGCGCGUUUUCCUGCGGGGAGGGGGAGGAUGGCAUGUUCUGUGUUAGGUUUGGAAUGGUAACAGCGGACACAGAUGUAGAUGAAUUGUUGGAUUUAGUUUUAUCCGCUGGUAAAGAAGUGGAGGAAAGUUCGAAGGUCCUCACUGAUAUGACUGAAGUAUUGAAAAAAGGUAUAGAAGCAGCACAAGAGGAGCUGGAACGCGAGGCGUGGCAGGAGGGCCUGCUGCGGCGCGUGCCGGUGGUGGGGCGCGUGGUGUCGUGGUGGGCGCCGCCCGCGCAGCCCGCCGGCCGCCGCCUGCUGCUCACGCACGGCACGCUGCAGAGCACGCGCGACCUCUACAGCUGCGUUAAAAAAGACAAGCAAGAUGAGCCUGCGCGCGCACACUCACCAACGCGGCAAGAGACAUCGGAAUAACACAUUAAGUUACACACACACAUGCCAAAGGCGCUAAGUUAGUGUUAAGUUAUCACCUCUAGGUGUAAAAUUUCGUCACGAUAAUAUGAAGUGUACCAAUUUAAUAUGAAACAAGGGAAAAAAAUAUAUCAAAAUGGAUUUCUCGUAAGCGUAGUGAGGGGUUACUGACAUGUCUCAUAGCAGUACUUCUUCCAGCGUGAGAGAGGGAUGGCGCUAUAGAGGUCAUCUAGCUCUGUCCCUGUCUCACAUUGGAAAUAGUAUUGGUAUACUGCUGCCUUGUAGUAUGUACGUAUCCUUAAAAUUUAAAUUAACGUUUUCUGAUGAGUGAGAUGUUAUUAUGUGUUGCUUUUUCUGAGUGAUGUUUUAUUUCUAGAGGUUUUGUAAGAUAAAAGAAAAUUUACGGCAUACGUCAUACAGGGGACGAAAAAAAUAUAAA